GUCUGCAGUUAUCAGUCAUAUGUGAAGUCUUAUUUUCAGAAAUGUUAAGAUUCCUGAGAAACUGGAAAGCUCUCUUACUGAGUUUACUAACAGAUGUGGAGAUGCAGUCUGCACAAGUCGCCGAUGUCUGGCUGAAAUGUUGAUCAAAAAAGGCCUUCUAUCACAGCCACAGACUGAGAACUGCACCCAUGUGAUCAAAGUGCUGUUCAUUGAGUACCAGACUCUGGCAGUUGACACAAAGAACCUGCGCCUCAUCAGUCGUCUGCAAGCUAAAAUUGAAUGGUCAGAUCCUGAGUUGAAAUGGAACACAUCAGAUUACGAUUAUGAAGACGUGGUCCUGCCAGUUGGAAAAGUCUGGACCCCAGAGAUCCUUGUAACAAAUGGAAUAGAAUCAACUAUGAAGCACAACUCCAAGGAUCUGCUGGUACUGAGUGAUGGCACACUGAGACACUCUGUGGUCAUAAACGCAGCGGUGAACUGUGAAGUCAACCUCUUCAACUAUCCAUUCGCUUUUGAUUCUUGUCCAGUCGCCAUACAAUCGUGGUCCGAUACCGGUUGUGGUUCUAAGCUGGUAAUAAAGGAAGUGUUUAGUGCUGAUGGUAGCCAGGGAGAUUGGCAAACUGAUUAUGUGGAACUUCAGAAUAAAAGUGAUAGCCGUCAAUACAUCCUGGUGAAUUUAAGUAUCAAACCUACCAACCCCUUUAUAACAUUACUGAUGCCCAGUAUUCUGAUCCUCUUGGCUGAUAUGGUCAGCUUCGCUCUGCCGCUGGGAGGUGGUGAACGCAACUGUUUCAAGGUCACGCUGGUGCUCAGCUUCACCGUGUUCCUCAACAUCCUCAACGAUAUACUUCCUGGAGACAGCUCUUGCAGCCCCAUCAUCCGAACCCACUUCUGCAUUUGUCUGGUGUUCCUGGUGUUCAGCAUGCUGGUGUCCCUGGUGCUGACACGCUUGGCCAUAGACGGUAGUCUCAUAUUCUGCUGCGGCUCCAAAGGGACAGUCCCCGACAACACAGAAGUCAAAGCUGACGUUAGUGUGGUUCAGAUUAGCAGCCCAGAGGAGGAUGGUGGAAUGCUGAAAAAGGUGGUCAACUUCCUGGAGGCUGUUGACGCAGACACACUGAAAAAGGACAGAGAUUUGAAGUUUGCCAACAAAUUGGACAAGACAUUUUUCUGGUUCUAUUCAAUAGGCGGAACUAUGUACUUUAUUGCCAUGAUAAUGGUUAUGGUAAAGUAUAGAUGUGUGGUUAACCAUUUUGAAUUCUGGUAUUAAUAAAAUGAAUGUUGAUACUAUAACAAACAGCUUAACUGAGCGCACAAAGUUCAGGAUAUAAAGACAACGAUUGAUGCCAAUCUCAGUUUACAUUUAUAAAACUUGUUUAGCUCACUAUAUGUCAAAUACUGCAGAUGUAUACUCUCAAUUAUAAAGAUGUGUGUGAACAUAUUUCUGAAAUCAUACAAAUAAAGGAAUGUCAUGCUUCACUCCUCAAUCA